UCUCCUUCCCUCCCUAUAAAUAACACCAGUCAUCUUCGCUUAGCUUCAACGCACUAUCAUCCAAAGUAGUCAAAAAUUCUCUUGUCUUUCGCUGUUUGGCAAGUGAGAAUCUUCGAGAAAAGGAAAGAAAACAGAAAACGAUGGCGAUUGAUCUUUCUCCCCAACUGGCCAAGAAGCUUUACGGCGGCAAUGGUGGCUCUUACCACGCCUGGUCCCCUUCUGAACUCCCCAUGCUACGCGAAGGCAACAUAGGUGCCUCCAAGCUCGCUCUCCAGAAGAACGGUUUCGCGCUUCCUCGUUACUCUGAUUCAUCCAAAGUCGCUUAUGUUCUCCAAGGAACUGGAGUUGUUGGAAUUGUACUCCCUGAAUCAGAAGAGAAGGUUGUUGCAAUCAAGAAAGGUGAUGCCUUGGCGCUUCCCUUUGGUGUUGUGACAUGGUGGUAUAACAAGGAAGACACUGAGUUGGUUGUUCUGUUCCUGGGAGACACUUCAAAGGCUCACAAGGCUGGUGAGUUCACUGACUUUUAUCUGACUGGUUCCAAUGGAAUCUUCACAGGCUUUUCAACUGAGUUUGUGGGGAGAGCUUGGGACUUGAAAGAGAAUGAGGUCAAAACCCUUGUUGGAAAUCAAUCAGCCAAAGGCAUUGUGAAGCUGGAAGGUAAUAUCACCAUUCCUGAACCUAAACCCGAUCAUCGGGAUGGCAUGGCCUUGAACUGUCUAGAGGCUGCACUGGAUGUUGACAUCAAGGAUGGUGGAAGGGUUGUGGUGUUGAACACCAAGAAUCUUCCAUUGGUUGGUGAGGUUGGACUCGGAGCUGACCUUGUGAGGUUGGAUGGUGGAGCCAUGUGUUCUCCAGGAUUCUCUUGUGACUCUGCUUUGCAGGUUACUUAUAUUGUCAGGGGCAGUGGCAGGGUUCAGGUGGUUGGUGUUGAUGGCAAGAGGGUUUUGGAGACAACUGUGAAAGCUGGUAAUUUGUUCAUUGUGCCUAGGUUUUAUGUGGUCUCCAAGAUUGCUGAUCCUGAGGGAUUGGAGUGGUUCUCUAUCAUCUCCACCCCCAAUCCUAUAUUUACCCACUUGGCUGGAAGUUCUUCAGUGUGGAAGGCUUUGUCACCUACGGUUCUGCAGGCUGCAUUCAAUGUAGAUUCAGGCGUUGAGCAACUCUUCCGUUCAAAGAGGACCGCUGAUGCCAUUUUCUUCCCUCCACCAAAGUAGAAUGCUAAUAGCUACACAUGCUCUAGGAACUUAUUAUCUAGUCGGGGAAAUAUUAGGGUUGAGUAUUUAGGGGAGUUACUAUGCUAAGUAUUUUUGUUUUUGAAUUUUACUAUGCUCAAGUAUAUUUCAUUUUAUGAAUAAAGGAAUUUUUAUUUUGGUUUA